AUGAGGGACAACAUUCUUAUGACAUAUGUCCUCGUGGAUUUGCUGUUCGUGGCCGCUGGAGGACUCCUCAUCAUCUUCGCCCUGGUCACCAAGUCAGAGAUCAAUGGUACACCUAACAUCGACGAUGUCGCCCACAACAUCUUCUUUAGCAUGUGCCCGUUGAACGCUGCCAUCGGAAACGCAGUCAUGAUCUUCUUCACUUUCUUAAUGACCGUCCCAGCAAUCGUUAUGCCAAUGACCAGAGGCUGGCUGAAGUUCGGAGGCUACAUGACCGUCAUCUGCGCCAUCUUCACCAUGGUCAUUGGCCUCGACAUCUGGUUCGAGACUCUCAAGGCUCGAAAGAACCUCGGGAACAUCUGGAACACCCUACCCGCAUCAACACAGAGUCUGCUGCAAACAAAGUUCGAUUGCUGCGGCUACGCCAACUCCACCUCCCCUCUUUUCGUCACCGAUACGACCUGCCCGAAUCCCCAAGCCGCUGCUGCUCAAGUCGGUUGCGUAGGCCCCUUCUCGAAAGAAGCGAACAGCUUCCUCGACAUCAUCUUCACGGGAGCAUUCGGUAUUGUCGGUAUCGACGUUGCGUUGAUCCUAGCUACCGCUAUGCUGCUCAAGGACCGCAAGGAGAAGGAGAGAUACCGUCACAUUGAUGAGAAGUCUGGUGCCGGUGCGUUUUAG